AUGUCUGAACUACCUGGUAUAAAAGUCAAACCUCAAUAUGAAUAUGAUUCUGAUGAAGACACUGAAGGUGGAACUUGGGAACAUAAAAAACGUAUGACAGAAAUGAAUGCUACCAGAGAAUGGGCCGACCAGUUAACAGAUUCUAACAGAGGAAAACAUUUCAUUGGUGAUUUUCUGCCGCCUCAAGAAUUAGAGAAAUUUAUGGAAACAUACAAGGCUUUAAAAGAAGGUCGAACGCCAGAUUAUUCUGAUUAUAAAGAGUUUAAAAUAACGUGUGAGAAUAUCGGGUAUAAAAUGUUACAGAAAUUAGGCUGGCAGGAAGGAGAGGGGCUAGGUCCCGAGGCUCAGGGUAUCACCCAACCUGUCAAUAAGGGAAAUACUAGUGUAGAUAAUAUGGGAUUUGGAGUAGAGAAAGAGUCUAAUUUAAACCAGGGUGAUGAUGAAUUUGAUGCUUAUAGAAAGAGAAUGAUGUUAGCUUAUAAAUUCAGACCCAAUCCAUUGAACAAUCCAAGACGUCCGUAUUACUGA